AUGUUUUUGAAUCUGAGAAGACUCUGCCCUUUGGGCAGUAGAGCAAAAUUCCUGAGGACAAUUUAUCCUUCAAACAUACUUGGACUCUCUACUUCUGCUAAAAUGUCUUUGAAAUUCAAUAACGCAAAACGAAUUGAAGGACUUGAUAGUAACGUAUGGGUUGAAUUUACCAAGUUGGCUGCAGACCCCUCUGUUGUGAAUCUUGGCCAAGGCCUACCAGAUGUAUCACCUCCUAGAUAUGUAAAGGAAGAAUUAGCAAAAAUUGCAGCAAUUGAUAGCAUGAACCAGUAUACACGGGGCUUUGGUCAUCCAUCACUUGUGAAAGCUCUUUCCUGCCUCUAUGAAAAGCUGUAUCCAAAUAAAAUCAAUCCAGAUAAAGAAAUCCUUGUGACAGUUGGAGCCUAUGGAUCUCUUUUUAGUGCCAUUCAAGGAUUAAUUGAUGAGGGAGAUGAAGUGAUAAUAAUAGUGCCUUUCUAUGACUGCUAUGAGCCCAUGGUGAGAAUGGUUGGAGCAACACCUGUUUUUAUUCCCCUAAGAUCUAAACCUGUUGAUGAGAAAAGAUGGUCUAGCUCUGACUGGACGUUAGAUCCUCAAGAACUCGCAAGUAAAUUUAAUUCCAAAACCAAAGCUAUUAUACUAAAUACUCCACAUAAUCCCAUUGGCAAGGUAUAUACUAAAGAGGAACUCCAACUAAUUGCUGACCUUUGCAUCAAACAUGAUACACUCUGUAUCAGUGAUGAGGUUUAUGAAUGGCUUGUCUAUUCUGGAAGUAAACAUUUAAAAAUAGCCACUUUUCCAGGUAUGUGGGAGAGAACAAUAACAAUAGGAAGUGCUGGAAAGACUUUCAGUGUAACUGGCUGGAAGGAAGCCUUGGCUCAAGCUUUUUGGAUUGACAUCAAGCGCAUGGAUGAUCCAGAGUGUUACUUUAAUAGUUUACCAAAAGAGUUAGAAGUAAAAAGAGAUCGAAUGGUCCAUUUACUUGAAAGUGUUGAGCUAAAACCCAUUGUUCCUGAUGGGGGAUACUUCAUCAUUGCUGAUGUGUCUUCACUAGAUGUAGACCUCUCUGAUAUGAAAAGGAAUGAACCCUACGACUAUACAUUUGUGAAGUGGAUGACUAAAAAUAAGAAAUUGUCAGCGAUUCCUGUUUCAGCAUUCUGUAACUCAAAGGCCAAAAUGCAGUUUGAGAAAUUUGUGCGGUUUUGCUUCAUAAAAAAAGAUAGUACACUGGAUGCUGCUGAAGAAAUCAUCAAGGCAUGGAAAAAACAGAAGUCUUGA